CCCCCCCCGCUGGGAGCUGUCCAGUGCUGAAACCCCGCGCCGACAGCCAAUCGCGCCCGGCUGGCCGCCUCCCCCCACCGGGGCCCCACGCAAGUGCCCCCGCCGAGCCCCCCGCCAGUCGCACCAUGCCGCGCUCCUUCCUGGUAAAGAAGAUCAAAGGGGACGGCUUCCAGUGCAGCGGGGUGCCGGCCCCCACCUACCACCCCUUGGAGACCGCCUACGUGCUGCCUGGCGCCCGGGGGCCGCCCGGGGACAACGGUUACGCCCCGCACUGCCUGCCGCCCAGCAGCUACGAUGCGGACCAGAAGCCCGGCCUGGAGCUGGCGCCGGCCGAGCCCGCCUACCCGCCGGCGGCGCCGGAGGAGUACAGCGACCCCGAGAGCCCGCAGUCCAGCCUGUCGGCGCGCUACUUCCGCGGGGAGGCGGCCGUGACCGACAGCUACUCCAUGGACGCCUUCUUCAUCUCGGACGGGCGCUCGCGGCGGCGGCGCGACUUCUCUUCCCACUUCUCAGCUGAGUCUCUCCUAUCGUUCCUCUAUCGGAACCCCAAUCUAAGGCCCAAACCUACCUUUGACUCUCACGUCUGUUGUGGUUUCCUCAUCCACACCGGUACGCAGGCCCUGCAGCUCCCAGACCACAUUCCAACCCCAGACCGUCCUUCUGGCCUCUGCCAGGCCAGCCCCUCCCUGGGCUUCCAGUCUCCAGCUGCCCGCUCCCCAGAUUCUCUGAGCACUUUCCCCCACCCCCAGGACUACAGCGUGACCACCGUGUAG